GCCCUGCAAGCGGCGGCCGCAGCCCGCCCCUAUUCAGGGCUCACCGUAGAGCCUCAGCCCAGCAGCGCGUUAGAGGUUGCCGAGGAGGAGAGCCCCUGCCAGGUACGUCCGACGGAGCGGAGCGAGAAGCUGGCGCUGUACCUGGCCGAGGUGGAGAAACAGGACAAGUACCUGCGGCACAAAGGCCGCUUCCGCUUCCACAUCAUUCCCGACGGCAACUGCUUGUACCGCGCUGUCUGUAAGGCCGUCAACGGGGACCAGCGGCUGCAUGGGGACCUCCGGGAACAGACGGUGCACUAUAUCGCCGACCACCUGGACCAUUUCAGCCCCAUCAUUGAGGGCGACGUGGGAGAGUUCCUCAUCAACGCAGCCCAGGAUGGUGCCUGGGCCGGAUACCCCGAGCUUCUGGCCAUGGGACAAAUGCUGAACGUCAACAUCCACCUCACCACCGGGGGCAGGCCCGAGAGCCCCACUGUCUCCACCAUGACCCACUACCUGGGCCCCGAGGACCCGAGCCGACGCAGCAUUUGGCUGAGCUGGCUUAGCAAUGGGCACUAUGAUGCUGUGCUAGAUCGUCAGUGCCCCAAUCCGGAAUAUGAGGAGUGGUGCAGGCAGACUCAGGUGCAGCGCAGGAGGGACGAGGAGCUGGCCAAAUCCAUGGCAGUGUCGUUGUCCAAGAUGUACAUUGAGCAGAAUGCCUGUUCCUGAGAUAGGCAUUGCAUCCCUUGCCUGCUAUUCUGGUGCCUUAAUUGUUCUCCAUUUCUUCCUCCAACAGUUGUAAUUCUUACAUGGGGCAAGAACUUGAGGGGAAGGAAUGGAGAAUGAGAUUUGCAAUGAAUGCUUGUAUAUACAGUAUCAGAUACUGGUUAUUUUCCUGUCUCUUCUUUUGUAUAUAUAAUGCUUCUUCUAUUUCCAUGCGCUCUGUUCCUUAAGAGGGGAUUUUUUUUUUCUUUUUGCACUUCCUUUUUUAACCUUUCUUCACCGCCAAAAUAAAAUUUAAUUUUAGUGUUUGUUUGCCUGUAGAUUUUUUUUCCUAUAUGGCUGAUAGCCUAACAAUUAUUUUAUGUUAAUAUCUGAAAUGUGCACAAUAUCAUUCUUUCAAUGAAACAUUGUACUGUAGCCCACAAUUUUUGUUCUUUCUCAUUAGAUGAAAAUUGAUUUUAGUUACCCUUUUAACAAUUUAAUUUUAGUACGAAAUUAAUUUUUACCUAGCAACUUUUAGAAGAACUAACCACUGCGAGCAGGAUUUCUUGAGAUAAUUGGAAUGUGGCUUUUUCAACAAUGGUUGAGCGCGAUUGGGUCUCUUCUGUGUUCAGUUAGCUGGAGUAAGCUGGCUUUUCAUUUUAUUGUCUGAUUGAUUGGUCUUUUUUUCUUUUUUAAUUACACAUGUGGUUUUAAAAGGUUGAAGACACAAUGGUUCUUUAAAAGUAGUCUUAUUCUUUUUAGGAGUAUACAUACCUCCUGCCUGCCUCUUGAUAGUCCAUCAGCAAUUUAUCACAUUAUUUUGUUUUCUGAUUGGCUUAUGUUGGUAUUAUGUACAAAUGUAUUUAUACUAAGUUUGUAUGGUUUGCUGGGUCAAACAUUCAAGGUAGAAACCACCCUCUUCAAUUUCUGAAUGAACUGAAAUGGUUAGAUAUAUUUAUUAAAUGGAGUUUGUACUUUUUUAUUUUGUGACUUUGGAAUUUAUACUGUAUUUGUAUAAUAGGAAUAUUCUUAGCUAUUCUGGAAUAAAUGUAUAGUUUUGCUUGGA